UGGCCGUAGAAGCUCUGGGAACUCGGAAGUAGUGCGCGGUGUUCAUGUUCAAUGUUAAGAACAGAUUUUUACAAAGGAAUUGCUCUAUCUAAAUUUUGAUUUUUAGUGAUUCUAUUUGUUGUUUGAUUGAUUUUAUCAAAGUUUUUCUGCAGAAAUACUGUUUUUUUUAUUUCGUCGUCACCAGAAUUCACGCCACGACAAAAUGGCGUCGCUUAACAAGAUUUUCUUUAAAUUUUUCAUUUAAUUUUUUUGCCUAAAUUUUUAAAUAAAAUAAAAAAAUGUUUCAAUAUUUCAUUAAUAAGAUUUAAAUUAUGUGAUUUGAAUGACUUUGUCAUAGAUUCCGUUUUUAAAUACACGUUUUAAAGCCUCAUCAUUGAAUUUUCUACGAAAUGCACUCGAAAGGAUAUAUGAAUGGAUCAGGCAGUGAGUCUACAAGUGACAAAGGCCACAAAAGUGACUCCAGUGGAUCUGGAAGUGAAAGUGAAAGUGGUUCAAGUUCGUCUGGGUCAGGCUCUCAUGUCAAUUCGGGCUCUGAGAAAUCAUCUAAUGGAAACAGGUCCCAAGGUAGUGACGGUGGAAAGUCAUCUCCAAAGAGUAGUCAUGCUAAUUCUUCCAAGUCCGAUCACCAUUCUGAUGCGCCAUCUUCGGAUGACUCAAUUUCCAAACAUAAAUCAAGAAAUAGUUAUGAUAAAGUAAAAUCUGAUAUUUGGGAAGAUAAUCCCGAUAUAUAUGGAAUAAGAAGAUCAGGACGAUCUAGGAAAGAACCAGAUAGACUAAAAUUAGCAGAUAGUGAUUCAAGUGAUCGAGGAAGAAGUAGUAAUAGAAGCCGUCGAAAGAAAAGUGAUUCUUGGAACUCUGAUACCUCAGACAGUGAUAGUGACCUUAAAGGAUCACCUCCCCCACCUUCAAAAAGACCAGGCCAAAGAAAUGUACAUUUAAGGAAAAAGAAGCCAGCAAGAAGAAGAUUAACAAGUGAGGAAGAUGAGAGCACUGAACCUUCUGAUGAUGAAGCUAGGAGCCGCACAGCAACAAGAAGAACCGGGGCAGCUGUUAGUUAUAAGGAAGCAAGUGACGAACAAACAGACUCCUCAGAUUUGUUAGAAAUAGAUGGCGCCGAGGGUGAAGCAGAGGCUGAACCCGAACCAGAAGAACACAGUGAAACAAUAGAAAAAAUAUUAGGAUUCCGGAGAGGGAAGAAAGGAGUCACUGGAAACGUGACUACGGUUUACUACAUUGAGGAGCAUGGAGAUCCGAAUGAAGACUGUGAUCCAAAUGAUGAAGAGGCAACUGAGCCGCAGUACCUGAUCAAAUGGAAGGGAUGGUCACAUAUACACAAUACAUGGGAGUCAGAAAAGACACUAGACGAACAAAAGGUCAAAGGUUUGAAAAAGUUGGAGAAUUUUAAGAAAAAAGAAUCUGAGCUGUCUUGGUGGAGGAGAAAUGCUGGUCCAGAAGAUAUAGACUAUUUUGAAUGUCAAUCAGAACUUCAACAGGAAUUAGUGAAAUCUUAUAACAAUGUCGAAAGAAUUUUUGCUGAACAAACGCGUGAGCUGGAAGGUGGUGGGACUACUCACGAAUAUUUUUGUAAAUGGGAAUCUCUUCCAUAUGCGGAAGCGACCUGGGAAGAUUCCACCUUGAUAACUAAAAAAUGGCCAACAAAAGUCGAAGAAUUUAAAUUUAGAGAAGCAGCGACAACGACGCCUUCAAGACAUUGUCCUGUUCUAAAAAGAAGGCCUAAAUUUCACCAAGUUAAAGAACAACCUGAUUAUAUGGGCAGAGAAGAGACAUGUAUCUUAAGAGAUUAUCAAAUGGAUGGAUUAAACUGGCUCAUACAUUCAUGGUGUAAAGAUAACUCAGUUAUUCUCGCUGAUGAGAUGGGGCUAGGUAAAACAAUUCAGACAAUAUGUUUUCUGUAUUAUUUGUUUAAAUCACAACAAUUAUAUGGGCCCUUUCUCUGUGUUGUACCUUUGAGUACAAUGACGGCGUGGCAAAGAGAAUUUUUUCAAUGGGCGCCAGAUAUUAAUGUGGUUACUUAUAUCGGAGAUGUUACAAGCAGAGAUAUAAUAAGGCAAUUCGAGUGGAGUUUUGCUAGCUCCAAAAGGCUAAAGUUUAAUGCAAUAUUAACAACCUAUGAAAUUUUAUUGAAAGAUAGACAAUUUCUAAGGUCUUUCAGUUGGGCCUGCCUUCUCGUAGAUGAAGCACAUAGAUUAAAAAAUGACGAUUCACUUCUAUACAAGGCCUUAAAGGAGUUUGAUACAAAUCAUCGCUUGCUGGUAACAGGAACUCCAUUACAAAACUCACUGAAGGAAUUAUGGGCGUUAUUGCAUUUUAUAAUGCCGUAUAGAUUUGAAUCUUGGGAAGAAUUUGAAAAAUACCACGAAGAUGCAGCAACUAAGGGAUAUGAGAAGCUACAUAGACAACUGGAACCAUUUAUUUUGAGAAGACAGAAAAAGGAUGUGGAAAAAUCCUUGCCUGCCAAAGUUGAACAAAUAUUAAGAGUUGAAAUGACAUCUAUACAAAAGCAAUAUUAUAAAUGGAUUCUCACAAAAAACUACAGUGAACUGCGGAAGGGAGUGAAAGGAUCGAUCAACUCGUUUAUAAAUAUAGUUAUUGAACUGAAGAAAUGUUGUAACCAUGCAUUAUUGACUAAACCAGAAGACUUUGAGUCUCGUGCAUCUCUUGCUACGACUGAUGCAGUUGAAAAACUUUUAAGGGGCUCUGGAAAACUGCUUCUUUUAGAUAAAUUACUGUGUAGGCUAAAAGAAACUGGUCAUAGGGUUCUAAUUUUUUCGCAAAUGGUCAGGAUGUUGGAUAUUUUGGCUGAGUACUUACAAAGACGACACUUUCCCUUUCAACGGCUAGAUGGGAGCAUAAAAGGAGAACUGAGAAAGCAGGCAUUAGACCAUUUUAAUGCUGAAGGCUCCCAAGAUUUUUGUUUUCUUCUAUCAACUCGUGCAGGUGGUUUAGGAAUAAAUUUAGCAACUGCUGACACAGUUAUAAUAUUUGAUUCAGAUUGGAACCCUCAAAAUGAUUUACAAGCUCAAGCAAGAGCACAUAGGAUUGGACAGAAAAAUCAGGUGAACAUUUAUCGAUUAGUUACUGCUAGAUCAGUAGAGGAAGAUAUAGUAGAAAGAGCUAAAAGAAAGAUGGUUCUAGACCACUUGGUAAUACAAAGAAUGGAUACAACUGGGCGAACAGUUUUGAAUAAACGAGAUGCAUCUGGAACCAAUGCAAACAAUCCAUUUAACAAAGAAGAUUUGAAUGCUAUUCUUAAGUUUGGUGCUGAAGAACUCUUCAAAGAUGAUGAGGAAAAUGAUGAAGACCCUGUUUGUGAUAUUGACGAAAUCUUGCAACGGGCGGAAACGCGAGACGAAGCGCCAACAAUGGUUGGUGAUGAACUACUUUCAGCGUUCAAAGUAGCGAGUUUCGCGUUUGAUGAAGAAAAAGCAGUUAUGGAAGUGAAAAAAGAAAACGCGGAAGAAGACACCAAGGACUGGGAUGACAUUAUUCCUGAAAAUGUCAGAAAGACUCUAGAAGAGGAAGAAAAGAAUAAAGAAAUGGAAGACCUGUACUUACCACCCCGUAGAAAAGCUCAACAAAAUAAUGCAGAUGGAAGUGGUCGCAAACGGCGUGGACGCGGUGCAGAUGAUAGCGCGGAGGGAGCGGACGGAGCAGACGGUGACGGAGACGACACGGACGCGUCCGACGGCGACGUGAGCGAUGACGACCGGCCCAGGAAGAGGGGCCGCCCGCCCGCCAGCCACCGCGAGAAGAUUAAGGGGUUCACGGACCAAGAGAUAAGAAGAUUUGUGAAAAGCUACAAGAAAUUCUCUGCACCUCUGAAGCAUCUGGACAGUAUAGCGUGUGAUGCAGAAUUACAAGAGAAACCCUUAGCAGAUCUGAAAAAAUUGGGUGAAAUACUUCAAGAAAGAUGUAAAGCUGUCUUGAAUGAUACUAUUGAUGCUGCUAAUGAAAAUAGUGAUGGGAAGAAAAAUGUGAGAAAAUCUUUUAAAUUGGGUGGUGUGCCAGUUAAUGCUAAAACCUUAGCAGCUUGCCAGAAUGAACUUGCGGCAUUAGAUGAUUUCUUGCCUGACACUAAGGAGGAUAGACUGAAGUGGAAACUGGAUUUCAGAACAAGGCCCUCGAAUUUUGAUGUGGAAUGGGGUGUCGAAGAGGAUUCUAAAUUGCUUGCUGGCAUUUAUCAAUAUGGUAUGGGAUCUUGGGAAGCAAUAAAAAUGGAUUCCUCUUUUGUUAUCGGGGAAAAAAUUUUAACGAAUGAAGACAAGAAACCUCAAGCUAAGCAUCUACAAUCAAGGGCAGAGUAUUUACUUAAACUAAUUAAGAAGUUACUGGAUCAGAAAAAUGGUAAACAGAAACAAAGAAAACCCCGAACGAAAAAAGGUGCUAAAGAACCUGUUACUAAGGACAUAGUAGAGGAUGAGCCAAGUUCAGGAGAUGAUAAUAAGAGAAGUAAAACAAGUAGGAGUGAGAGGAAUGACAAAGAAAAAGUUAAAACUAGAGUCGAAGAUGUCUUAACACAUGAUGAAACUUCAUGUGACAAAAAAGAAAAAGAAAAAAAACGUUCAAAAAAGGAAGGAAAAGACAGAACGAAAAAUGAUAAAGGUAAAAAUCGGAAGAAACCUGCAGGGCCAAUGCAUUUUACUGCUAAUAAUGAACCCAGAGCUCUAGAAGUUUUAGGAGAUCUGGAUCCAUCUGUUUUUGAAGAGUGCAAGGAGAAAAUGAGGCCUGUGAAGAAAGCAUUGAGAGCACUUGAUAAUCCUGAUCAAACAUUAUCUGAGACAGAACAAGUUUCCAGAACAAGAGCGUGUUUGUCACAAAUAGGGUCUCAGAUAGAUAUUUGCCUGGAAGCUUAUCCAGAUCCUGAGAAAAAAGUUGAAUGGAGAAGUAAUCUCUGGUAUUUUGUGUCAAAGUUUACUAAUUUUGAUGCAAAACAGUUAUAUAGGCUAUACAAAUAUGGUCUUAAGAAAAGUGAUAAACAUAGACUUGGAAAGCAUAAAGAAAAUGUUAAAUCAAAUAAUAAAAAUAAUUUGAAUUCAAACAAUCACAUGAAGUCGUUUAAAAAGGAACCUAAAGGAGACGAAAUCUUAGAUCGUAGAGAAAAACGACCUAAACUAGAUCGUGAUAAGGAUAAAAACAAUCAUAAAAGUCAGCAACCGUCAGGUGUUAAGAGAAAAUUAGAAGAAGGGGAGUGUGACCCCGAUUCAAACGAAAAUAAGAGGCAUGAAAGACAUAAACACAAGCAUAAAGGAAGGGAUAGAGAUGGAAGCUUGAAGCGAGACGAUUUGCCCAACAGGGAGCGGAGUCGAAGCGAGCGUGACCGAGAGCGGGACAGAGAUAGGGAUCGGGAAAGAGAUAGAGACAGAGAUAGGGACAGGGACAGGUCGAGGACGCGUCGGGACAGCGGUGGGUUGCGGGCCAGGCCGUUCGUGAGUCACGCACACGCGCCGCACGCGGGUUGGACGCCGCCCGCCUACCCCGGCCCGCGGCAGUACCGGGGCGACAGGAGCGGGCGGCCGCCCGACAAGCGGAGAUUCGGUGGUAGUUAUCCUCAAAUGGGAGGGCCAUACAGUGCCUACUACGACGGCUCGGCGAUGCCCCCCGCAAUGGGCUUUCCACCGGUAAGGCCAUACCCCGAAGAGUGGCGAGGAUAUUCUCAACAAGAAUAUCCAUACGAUGAGCGAGACUAUGAACGCGAAGUCUAUCGGCGAGACUACGACAGGCGAGCGCCGCCUACGUAGCUGGCCGUGUAAUAAAGACAUUGUAAAUAGUAUAAUAGUGGUCAUACAAACGAAUACUAUAAAUAUUGUGUAAAUAAAUUAGUUUGUAGAGAUCUCUUUCCGUGGACACUGGUUUAACCAUUACUAUAUAGUGUAAGAGACAAAAGUGCAGUGCUGUAUCUUGUGUGAUCGCAUCGCUGGGACCUGAGGUGAGACUUAUGACUGUUUGUAUGUAAGACUGUAUAGUAAAGCUAUUUAUUACUGCGUUUGUCGAUUAAUUGUUAGUGUACAGGUUAGAUGGAUACCAUUGUUUCUAUUAAUUUGCCAAUUUACCAAUUAAUUUCUUUAUUCAGGUCAAAAAUGAUUUUAUAUUUAUUGAAAGCCUCAAUUUUUAGGAACUGACAUGAACACGGUGAUAUUAUGUAAUAGAAGUCAUAGUCAGUGUAAAAAAUUUAGAAAUUAUUAGAUAUGCAUGCAAUGAAAUCAUGUGCACUUACUUGAACAUUGUGUGUGAUAAGAUGUAUCAAAGAAUCACAAUUUGUAUGCAUUUUGGCAGUGUACAGGAAAGAGUUGAUUUUAUAUUUCGUUUCUCAUGUGCAUUUCGAGUCCAAAUAGGGCUCUUACAGUCCUAUUUUUUAUACAGUAUGUGUAUAAUUUUAUUUUCUGUUACGUGAAAUUGUAAUGUAAUGAGAGUGACAUCUUAUUAAUGAUGGUGUAAACCAUUGUAAUAAACAAAUAUUAAUUUA